CGCCAGGCCUCAUUCAAACAACGACGAACGAAGGCAACGCACGGCAAAACGGAUCGGAUCGGACUUGCGCAUCCCACAACCAUCCACAUCCUUCCAUAUGUAUCUGUUUCCCAUUGAAGACCAAGUUUUCCCCUCUGCAAUCUGAAAGAAAACUGCAAUAUUUGUGACAUUUCAACCAUCCAGUGACACUGCAACGACAUCCUGUGCAACGCCAGACAUUCAAAGUGGAGCGAAAAAGUUCCGUCAAGUGUCGAGAAUACUUAGUGGACGCCCACGCGUCACGAAACUUGUGCGGUUACGGUGCGAUACGGUUCGCUGGUAUACGGUUGUACCUUGUCGUUCAGUGCAGCUCGGACGGACUACUCGGGAGCAACCAAACCACUGGCAGCAGCUGGCAGAAAUUUGAGUGUGUGUGCUGAAAAUCAAUAAACUCUGUCGUCGUCGUUGCUCUGCACUGCUCUGCUCUGCUCUGAAAGGGCAAACCCGUCAACGUCAACUCGUCAGUGGCAGCCGUUAACCGGCCAUAUGGCAACUGUGCAUUGUUAGGAAAUUGCCAUAGAAUCGCAAUAAAAGGAGGCAGGGGAUCCAUAAAGAAGCAAUCGAGAAGCACCUGAGGACCUAGAAAUUGUACAAUUAUCAAGUGGCAGAGAGGCGUUCCGCUGCAAUAUGGCGUCCAGAUUGGGAAUCAACGUUAGCAUUGCGCUGCUUGCAGCUGUGGUGUGCAGCAUAGUGGGUCAUUGCGAAAUGUCCGUAUACCCAGGACUACGCCGCCGACCCAUACAGCCGCCCGUUAUGGAUCCGCAGAACGAGCAGGAAUACGCGUUCCUGGCCCAAAUGAUGGAGCAGUACGCACGCCGUCGGCUUCAGCAUCAAUUUGACCAGCAGCUGCACGAGAUCAACAUGAAGCUGGAGCGCCAGCGGCAGCUGCUCGAGAUGGAGCGCUUCCGGCAGCGACAGCAGGAGCUGCAGGUGGAGCGCGAGGCGGAGGACGACUAUGAAGGAGGCCUCAACAAUCUGAACAACCAGCAGUACGACCAGUACGACAACGUUGAGGCGGAGCCCAGCUACGGCAGUCCCAUCAGCAGUCUGCCCGACGUCCACGCGCCAAUGUAUCUGCCCAGUCUUCCCAAUCUUCCGAGUCUGCCCAGCCGCCACGGUCUUCCCAAUUUGGGUCGGAAUAGUGUGCCACGCGAGAAGAUUCCCUUCGCCGUGGGCCCCAACGAUGCGCGCUUCUUCGACAACCCCAGCGAUCCGUCGGGCGAGAUGGACUCGCGAGCCCUGGAGGACUACGAGGAGUAUGCUCCGCUCCAGCCCACACCCGAGGUGGCGACGGCCACCAGCAAGACCAAAAUCGAUACGCCAGUUCCUGCACCGGUGCCCGUGGAGCCGCCCAAGCUGCUUGAUGCCGCCAAUGCCAACUUCCAUCGCAUCAAUCCAAACUCUGCGGCCGCCGCAGCCGUGGCCGGGGUCAGUAUUCCACAGGGCAAGGACCAAACCCCCCACAAGCUGAAUGCCCUGAUCAGCAAGCUGCAGAAGCAGAGCAAGUCCCCGCAUGUGACGCUCGUUAAUGGAGGGGGAGAUGCCAACUCCGAGCAGAUUGUUCUGCGCCAGCACAUGGGAAUGAGCAGCGAGAUGGGCGUCUACAUUGUGGCCCUCAUAGCGGGCAUGAGCGCUGCGGUGACUGUGGGACUCUUAGCGCUAGGAGUGACCUGGGUCCACAAUCGCAGCAAAGCCGCAGCGGACGUGGACUAUCCGGCGUAUGGUGUGACCGGUCCCAACAAGGAUGUCUCGCCCUCGGGCGAUCGCAAGCUGGCCCAGAGCGCCCAGAUGUAUCAUUACCAGCAUCAGAAGCAGCAGAUCAUCGCCAUGGAGAACUGCCAGGCGACCGAUGGCAGCUGUGGCAUGUCCGACGUGGAGAGCGAUGACGACAACGAGGAGGGCGACUACACGGUCUACGAGUGUCCCGGCCUGGCGCCCACCGGCGAGAUGGAGGUCAAGAAUCCACUCUUCCUGGACGAGACGCCGGCCACACCGGCCAACAACCUCUCCUCGGCGGCAGCUACCAACAACAACAUCACCCAGGCCACUCCCCAGCAGCCGCCCACCCAGAAGAAGGGCACAGUCAAGCCGAACAUGAAUCUGUUGAAUGCCGCCGCCACAGCUGCCGCUGCCGCUGCUGCUGGCGAGGAGUCGAAGCAGAAGCGCAAGAGCAAGAAGUAAGCUGGGAGAUUGGACUUGGAAAUGCCCGCAGGUCGUGGCAACUGGUAAAGUUUGACUGAUCCAUUGUCAGCCAAAAAGGACACACACCACACACACACAUGCAGAGUACACUCCCCCACACAGACAGAAACGCAGACCAGACUAGAUAUACUCGUAUUUAAUGGAAUUUAAUUCCUCCGGCUGCAGCUCGCUCGAGUGCAAGGAAGCGUACACCCCACACACACCAGACACAACACCACAAGGCAACUGCCUCUUAUGUAUCUUCCCUAUGAGUAAGCACGCAUAAGUAAGUCCUAUUACAUGUAUGACAUUGCAUUGUAUCGUAAUCGCAUCCCUAUGGUAUAAGACAAGCCUCCCCCAGCGAGUCGCGUCUGCAAUCCCCCCCAAACCCCAAUCGAAUCCAGCUGUCAGUUGCACAAUGGAAACCAGGCAGAGGCUCUGGCAUUGGCAUCCAACGCCGUGCCCAUUCAGGUGCAACUGAUUCUUUCUCUCUUUACAAUCCAAGAUGUGUACUUAUUUAUGUCAUGGGACAAUUACCCACACACAUGCUCGAGUGUGUCUCUUAUAUAUGUAUAUUAUAUAUUGUAUAUCAAACUCUUUUUUGGUGUCUGCAACUGGAAUCAAUUUAUAUGGGAAGCAUACUUCAAAGUCUGUAGCAAAGGGCCACAGGGCCGCAGGGCAAGCAACCAAAUGCAAAAUGCUAACUAACAUAUUAUAUAAUUAUACACACACACACACACAUAUUGAUA